ACCCCCUUGUCCGCUGGCUUGUCUUGAGGGGCUCUGUCUCUCUGCGAAUGGUGUGUUGCAUCAGCCUAACCCGUGCUAUCCGUAUUAAGCUCGUAGUUAUCAGCUUGGAAUUCUUAGCAUGCUUAGAGUGAGAGAGCAUUCUACCCAAGCUGCCUGGGUAGGUAGGGUUCAGCUGCAGCUCAAGUCUUGGGAUUGAGAUAUGAUAGGUAUACCGUACAUGGGGGAAGUUGGAGGAAAUAAGUGAUAAGUGAUAGGUUGACCGUUGGCAUGCUUUUGGAGCUCAAGAAGUUCGACGAACCGAGGUCGCGUUUCUUUCUAAACCUCUACCACCAUCAUCGUGCUUCUUCUUUGGUGAAAUGCUAAAUAUCGAAAUAAUUUGUUAGGGCCAUUACAAUUUAUUUAUUAGCGUUGCCGGCCGGGCUGGUGGAUCUUAACGAUUUGCCACAAUCCCUACGAAAUACUUAUUCGAGCGCAAAGUCAAGCCUUUCGCGACUUCAUUCCAAGUCGAACUAACCAAAACAAUUCUCGUAUAGAACGUUUGGGGUCAGGGUCUCACUGAAGAGAUCGCGCAUUGCAAAGAAGAUGGCAACCGAUAUGUCAGAUAUGUCCGACUCCAAGCAUCCGCCGCAGGAUGUCAACGCCGAAAUCAUGGUGGAUCCGAUGCUCGGCGGAGACGAGAAGAAGCUUCUUCGCAAACUUGACAAGCAUAUCAUACCACUUGUUAUGCUACUUUACACAUUUAGUUUCCUAGACCGUGUAAAUAUUGGAAAUGCGCGCUUAUACAAUAUGGAGAGCGAUCUAAGGCUGGAGGGGAACCAGUUUCAAGUCGCUGUCUCCAUCUUCUUCGUCACGUAUCUAUUGUUUGAGGUGCCUUCGAACCUGGUACUCAAACCCCUGACACCGUCGCGGUAUAUCGCAUUUAUCGCAUGUGGAUGGGGCAUCAUAGCCACAUGUACUGGCUUCGUACAUAGUUACGGCGCACUUAUUGCUAUUCGCUUAGUCCUUGGUGUUGUCGAGGCUGGCCUUUUCCCUGGAUUAAACGUUUACUUGACAUUCUUCUAUACGAAACGGGAGCUUGCUUUGCGUGUCGGCUACCUUUUUGUUAGUGCUGCGAUUGCUGGCGCUCUGGGCGGGCUCCUUGCUUAUGGCAUUGGCCAGAUGGGUGGCAUUGCUGGAUAUAGUGGAUGGAGAUGGAUCUUUAUCAUUGAGGGGCUUCCGAGUGUCUUGCUAGGCGUUGUUGCCUUCUUCCUUCUGCCCAACGACAUCGACCAUGCUUAUUUCUUAACCCCCGAGGAAAAAAGGUUCGCCAAUGCGCGUCACUUGCAACAUUAUGGGGUUACAGUAAGUGCGCAGGAAUUUAGCAAGGAUGACAUGAUUGCGGCGUUUAAGGACUGGAAGGUUUGGAUGUUCUGCCUCGCCCAAUUCGGAGUCGAUACCUUGCUUUAUGGCUACUCGACCUUCCUACCGACUAUUAUUCGCGGUCUAGGAAGUUGGUCCACAGCUGAGGUCCAGUUGCUUACCAUCCCCUGUUACUUCGUUGGCGCCAUGACAUACAUGGGAAUUGCAUUCCUGUCAGAUCGUAAGCAGAUGCGCGGUAUUUUCUGCGUCAUAUUCGGUGCCAUUAGUGUGGUUGGGUAUGGGGUGUUGCUUUCCGACUCUUCUGCAGGAGUACAUUACUUUGGCUGCUUCCUCGUUGCCACCGGCUUAUACGUUAUCGUCGGCCUGCCACUCGCAUGGCUUCCGAAUAAUUCACCAAGGUAUGGCAAACGCACAACGGCUAAUGGCAUGCAACUUACCUCGGGAAAUACCGCUGGUAUUAUGGCUUCGUUCAUCUAUCCUUCAUCCGAUGGCCCCCGUUAUAUUCUAGGAAAUGCUAUAUCUCUUUCCCUCGUAGGUAUGGCGGCAUGUUUGCUUGGAUUUAUGUCAUUCUGGUUCGCUCGAGAAAACAAGAGAAGAGCAGAAGGACUUAUUAAGCCUAUCCACGAGAACUUGUCAGAAGAGGAGCUGGCAGAGCUAGGAGACGAAAGUCCGAGGUUUAGGUAUACCAUCUAACCUAUGGGGUUUGGUGUGUCAGUAAAUUAUGUACUCUAGGAGAUUAUGAUCAUUUGUGCCAUUGGCGGGGACAUAUAAAUGUAUACUUUUGAUAAUGGAUCUCAAUAUAAACAUUGAAGGUAAA